AUGUCUAGUGAAAUUUCACUCACAGAAUACCUCUUCCGGAGACUUCGCUCCACCGGCCUCCGCGCCGUCCACGGCGUUCCUGGCGACUACAACCUCACACUCCUCGACCACGUCGUCCCCUCAGGACUAGAGUGGAUAGGAAACUGCAAUGAACUCAACGCAGCCUACGCCGCCGACGGCUACGCCCGAAUCAAAGGCAUCGGCGCAAUCGUCACAACCUUCGGCGUGGGCGAAUUAUCCGCAAUAAACGCCAUUGCGGGCUCGUAUGCGGAAAUGGCACCUGUUGUGCAUAUCGUCGGUACGCCGAUUCGCGCGUUGCAGGAGAAGGGUGUUAAGCUCCAUCAUUCGUUUUGUUCCGGGCUGAAGCGCGAUUAUGAGCUUUUUGCUGAGAUUUAUGCCAAGGUUACUGUUGCGCAGGCGGAACUUGUUCAUGUUGAGGAUGCGCCGGGUCAGAUUGAUCGGGUUAUUCGGGAGUGUGUUCUUCAGUCUAGGCCUGUUUAUAUUCAGUUGCCGAUGGAUUUGGUGGAUGCGAGAGUUCCGGUCUCUUUACUGGAGCGGGAGUUGGAUCUGAUGCCUGUGGUGAAUGAUGUUGCGCUGCAGUCGGGUGUUUGCGAUAUCAUUGUUCAGCGGAUUAUGAGUGCAAAGCAGCCUUCGAUUCUGGUUGAUGGUGGUACAUCGCGGUAUGGACUUUCGAAAUUGACAGACGCUUUGGUCAAAGUGACCAAUUUCCCGACUAUGACGACUCCGUUUGGGAAGGGUAUUGUGGAUGAGACUCUGCCUAAUUUCCAUGGAAUCUAUGCAACUGUCGGCGAUCAUGAUUAUGCUUCAUAUGUCAAUGGCUGUGAUCUGAUUAUCAACAUCGGGCCUGUUCACAGCAAUGUCAAUACCUACUACUUUGCCACCGUACCCGACAAGACGGUGACAAUUUCCAUCGAACGGGACUCAAUCCAGAUCGGCGAGCGCAUUUGGAAGAUCUCUCCAGCAUCCGCCCUUGACCAGGUCAUUUCAAAAUUAAAGAGCGAAGGAGUCCCCAAGGUGGAAUCCUACCCUUCCCUACCAAAUAUGCAACAGACCCUCGCAACCUUGUCCGCGAAGAACGACCCUAGCGAAACGUUCGCGCAGACCAAUUUCUGGCGCCGCAUGUCGCGCUUCUUGCGAUCGGGCGAUAUCAUCCUCACAGAGACCGGCACUCCAAGUAUGGGCGGGCGUGAUUUCGUUCUUCCCCAAAAUACAACGAUCAUUAAUUCCGCCGUCUGGCUGUCCAUCGGAUUCAUGUUACCAGCUACACAAGGGGCUUCUUUAGCCCAGCGCCAUAUCACUGCGUCCGAGUCCGAGUCACGGCAUCCAGUUGCUCAUGGUCGAACGAUUCUUUUCCAAGGAGAUGGAAGUUUCCAAAUGACCGCCCAGGAAUUGAGUACCAUUAUUCGUAACCGGCUUGAUGUCAUUAUCUUCUUGAUUAAUAAUGACGGAUACACUAUCGAACGACUUAUUCAUGGGCCCGAGGAGCACUACAAUGAUGUUGCUUCGUGGAAUUAUCUUGAAGCUCCUUCGUUUUUUGGGGGCGAGGAUACGAGUUUGUAUCCGAUUUUCAAGGCAAAGGUCAAAACUUGGGGCGAACUUGAUGGGAUUUUGGAUGAUCCGAAGUUUCAUUCUGGGAAGGGGUUGAGAAUGGUGGAGGUUAUGAUGGACAUGCAGGAUUGUAAUGAUACUUUGAGGUUAUUGUUGGACAUUUAUAAGACGAAGAAGGGUUGA